AAUAAGAAUUUAUUUAAUACUGGGAAAUAAAGAAAACAAACCCAAUGUCUACGUGCCAAAUAAAAAUUGAGAUGAGUAAAAGACUUAUAAAAAUGACCGCUUUACUUCUUUUGGAGCGUUGAAGUAUGAAAAACUAACAAAAUUAUUGUUACUCACAAGCUCCAAAAAAAUUUUAAAUAAUCCAUCCACAAUUAAAAAAAUUAAACAGAAACAAAAAAAAUUAGAGUCACCCUGUCGUGCGUCGAUAACACAGUUUGAACCGACCAAUGAAUAAGAAGGACAAGAAUGACAGCAAAAGCUGUCAUUCGAGUCGAGUGAUAGAAUUUAUUUUCUGUGUUAGUUUUUAUACUAUUUUUGUUUUUCAAAAUCAACGCAUGUCAUGACCAUAAAAGAGUACACUGAUGAGACUUUGCUUCUCGAUAUUCUUGCCAAUUCUGACAAUAAUGUCCAAAAGGCUUCGGAAACACUUAUUGCGAUGGGCUAUGUCAAACGAGAUGAAGAGUGUAAUAAAAUAAUUCCAUUGCGCCCGAUGGUAUACACCGAGGAAGAAAAGAACCAAAUGAAAAUUCGACUUCAAGAAAAGUUCAAAGAAAUUGCUGAACGAAUAAUAUCCAUGGCUCUAGAAAGUGUUAAUUAUUCAGAAGACAGAGCUACACAAAUAUUACAAAUUGUACAUGAUGAAGACGAAUGUCGGGCCAAAAAAGAUGCUGAUGCAUUACAAUGUGCAUUAGAUGAAGAUUCUUGUGUUGAUGGAAUCCAAGGUGGAAGUAACAAGUUAGUUCUCAAAACAAAGUUCUUUUGUUCAUAUAACGUUAAAGAAAAAAAUAUUAAUUAUUAUAAUUAAUGGGCACGUUCAAAGACCUAUCGGAUAGGCUAUCUGGGAUACCCGUAUCUGGAAUAUCUCUUUGAACGAAAAGCUAUCCAGAUAGCUUGCCAAAGCAGCUACAAAAAAAAUAUGAAAAUAUUGAAAAGAGGAAGUUGUUUCUUUUGAGCAAAUUCCUGUUUUUUAUUGUUGCAUAGUACUUGCACAAUCGAUCUAACUUUAAUUCUUGCAAAUUUAUUUUAUUUUCAAGCUGAAUAAUCGCGCGAAUAGAAAUCAAAAUAAAAAAUAGCCAAAUAUUUAUCAGCUGACCACUCGCGAUCGCCAUCUCCGAGAUUGAGUGAGAGUUAUAACUUCAGUCGCGUGUACAUAGUACA